UGGUUCUAGUUAUCAGUUGACUGCAGCAUUUCAAGUCGCAUAGACCGAAGUAAAGUGGGAAGUCAAAAGCUAACUACAUUUUUUUAAAUUCAAAAUAAAGAAACAACUCGAAAUUUAAUAUAAAAAUGGCCUUUUUCAAAUCUCUGGUGUGUUUGGCUGUGUUAAGCGUAGCUUCUGCUGGCAUUUUGGGUCAUGGGGGACACGGUGUCGGUCUGUACGCUGGUGCACCUUUGGUGGCUGCUCAUGGACCUGCCCACGACGAGGGACUGGACUAUUAUGCUUACCCCAAGUACCACUACAACUACGGUGUAGCCGACUCACAUACCGGAGAUGUUAAAUCACAGCACGAAGUACGCGAUGGUGAUGUAGUGAAGGGCUCUUACUCGCUCGUCGAACCUGACGGUUCGGUGCGCACUGUCGAGUAUACCGCCGAUGACCACAAUGGUUUCAAUGCCGUCGUAUCGAAGAGCGCCCCCACCAUCCAUGCCGCCCCCGUUGCUGUUGCGCACGCCGCUCCCGUAAUCGCUCACGCUCCAGUUGUUGCGCACCAUGUUGCCGCCGCCCCAGCUGUACCAUUGGGCUCCUAUGCGCAUCACGCUCCCGCCGCCUACGGUUAUGCUACCCACGAUGCGCAUGCUCAUGUCUCUCACUACUAAGACAGCGAAAUGCACGCACGCUAAUAAUGGACCUGACCCCCACUCCAAGCAAACAAGCGUUAGAAUUUAUUUAUUAACGAAUAUCUAAUAUUAAUAUAAUGCGAAUCCCUUGCUACGAUGACGACCUAAUAAGUGAAAGGAGAAGGAGUGGAAAGAGUAAGAUAGUAAAGAAUUAAAUAUGGAAGCUCAUCAGUUAUUGAGAAGUCGGCCGGUAUUCCGGUACUGAAAAGUAGUGUAUGUAAAUAGUAAUUGCAUAAUUCUCUUCACAACACCAUACAACCAGUUGCCUUCAACCGUCUUUUUUCACUCUUCAAGUUGAUGUUCUUAAAAUCUAUUUAAAUACUCCUCAUUUUGCCAAUAACCACUGCCAUCCAUAUGUUUUUCCAUUCAGAAUUUUCUCUUUAAUUUAUAAAUAUCACUUAGAUCUCUAUUCGUUCCAGCAAACAUUUCUUCUUUCCUCUUCGCUAACAUAUCCAUGCCAUCUCUCAUUUCCCUCUCCAAUGCGGAUACACGAAACAAUCGACAACACUGCAGAUCACUGCCACUCACUUUUAAGCGUACUCAUUUUCACUCAGUAACUCACUCACUCUCUAGAUCAACAGGCUCACUUAAGCUCAAAGAACACUCCCACAUGCCACGUUAAAUAAUCCUCUAAAAACUAUGUAGAUAUAUAAAAUGAAAAUAUUUUAAAAAUGCAAAUAAAAGAGAAAAAGUCCAAGCGGUAGAAUUUGUAAAAAGUCGGAGAAUAGAAAAGAAGUCCGCAAAAUUAUAAAAUUGCAUGCAUAUGAAAUAUUUGUUAACUAUGGGCAUGUUCUCGGUUGAACAAGUGUUAAAAAUGUACUUUCUAAUUGUAUUUUAUUUUUUUAUACUUGCGUUAAACAUUAAGUGAUUAUAUGCGAAAAAUGCUAUAAAUAAAAAAUGUAGUGAAUUUAAAAACAAAA